UCGUAAACAACAUGGCGGACAUUUAACAUUGGAGAAAGGGAGACCAAGUUUGUUUUCAAGAUUUUGCAGGAACUUAGAAGAGUUCCAAGUAGGAAACUGAUCAUGGCACCAAAAAGUACGAAAGAGAAGACGAAAGGACAGAAACAAAUUGUACAGGAAAAUAAAGAAACGUUAAAUUUUUAUUCCUAUAUUAUCGCGGGAGUAAGCGUGGUGUAUUUUCUGGUUCAAGUUUUAAUAUUCUGGAGUUCGUUCACGGCCUUACCUAUAGUUCUAUCAUGUGGGGCAUCACUGACUUAUUUCGCUGCCUACCGAUUCAUGUCGUCAAUGGCAACAGCUACGUAUAGUGCCGAGGGUAGUUUAAUUGAUGGAGGUACAGAUUUAAAUAUGGUGUCUGGAAUGGGAGAACAUGCCAAAGAUUUGAUAUUAUUAACAGCAGUCGUACAAUCUCUUAGUCUAAUUUCGAAUUAUUUCUGGUUGUUAUGGUUACUGGUACCUAUCAGAGCUUUCUAUAUGUUGUGGGUUAAUUUCCUAGGACCCUGGUUCUUCGCCCCCGGAGAAGAGGACAAUAUAAGUGACAAAAAACAGAAGAAAAUGGACAGAAAAAUGCGCCGAGUUCAAAGAUGAUUGUGAAGAGUUUUAGGAUUUAUUUAAAUAUUUUUGCAUUUUUUACCUUCCAUAAAUAAAUUGCAUUUUAAAUGAAAAUAAGAAAGAACUAGUCUUCAAUCCAGCUAUGAAAAUGACUGAAAAAAGUGAUUUUUUCAGCUUAAUUUUACCAAAUAAGGACAAUUGAAGCCAGGGAUGUAUUGCCAUUUGAAAUUGGUAUCUUAAUGAUUGAAGUCUUAACCAGUUGUUUCAAAUUAUUGAUGCACUAAAAAUAGUCAGGG